GUGUUGACUUCUUAUCUUUUGACUUCCACACAGAUUCUACUCCACAUGAAUUUCCCACCGUCAGACUCUUGUGAAACAGCAGCGGAUCCGCCGUUACGUUUGUGUUUCCAUCAUGUCACUUGGUUAUUUGAAAUCAUGUGAAAGAAUCACGCUGACGUAACAUCUCUCCAUGAAGUCAAAGCCUUGCAUUCACUUCAUAAGGCUGGAAUGAGCAACAUAUCAGCACCAUCUUGAUCCGGAUAUAUUGUGAAUGUCACCUUCUUGAUGAUUUCAUUCUUUUACGCAGGACAAAUCAGAAAAUGGCAGAUAACGUACCUCGUGAGUUGGACAGCUCAGACCUGGAAAUAAUCCGCUCCAUGCUUGAGGACAUGCUUGGCCCCUGCUUCGCACCACUAGACAACAUGUCUUGUCCUCAAGGUGCUACUUUCAUGGACCAGAUUGAGAAUCGGCCUCCUCUACAGUAUAUGUGCCCCAUGUCAACUGGCCCCUGCUUCGCACCACUAGACAACAUGUCUUGUCCUCAAGGUGCUACUUUCCUGGACCAGAUUGAGAAUCGGCCUCCACUGCACAAUGUCAGCGUGCAUUCAUUCAACCAAGAGAAGCAAACCAACCCUGUUCCCAAGCCUUGUCCACCUCAGCCCUCCACCUCCAAACAGCAACAUGGUGGAGCGGUAAAUAAAGAGCCGUACAUCAGAAGACCUCCAAAUGCUUUUAUGGUCUUCAUGAGAGAGAACAGGGACAAAGUAUCUCAGACCCUGAAGCCCAAGCACAGUGUGGAGGCCAACACCAUCCUGGGACAGAUGUGGAGGAACAUGUCGUCAGUAGAGCAGCAGGUUUAUUAUGAUAAAGCGGCGGAGGAGCGGCGACUCCACUCGGAGAAGCAUCCUGAGUGGUCCAGCAAGGACAACUAUGGAAAGAAGGUUAAGCGGCGGAGAAGGAAGGGCAUCGUCAUCUGACGUUGAAGGUCAUUUGUAUAUACAUGUAUAUAUUUAUUUUUUUUAAAGAAAUAAAAUGUUAAACACUUUGGUUUGAAUGCAGUGCUAAAUAUAUUUACAUACAUGAAAAAAUAUAAAUGCUGUAGAAAAGGCCAUCCAUAAUGUCGGUCCUCCAAGAGGUGGAGUUUUUUCUUAAACGUGGACAGAGCACCAGAGUGAGAUCGAAUGGUUCUAGUGUAGAGAUUUAGAACAAACUGCCCUCUGAUGGCCAGCGACUAUAACGACUCUAAAAUAUUCCCAAAAAUGUUUGAAUACUAUUCAUUUCAAUUUACUGGUGAAAGAAAGAAAAAACGAGAGUAAAAUGAAACAAUUUAUUCAUUCACCAAAUUGAAGGACAGAAAAUUAGACAGAUGGCGUGAAUAGAGCACAUUGUUGACUGUGGUGAAACCACAUUCACAGACUUAAACUGAGAAAUGAUCAAGCACCAGAGCGUAAAUCAUAAGAGUAGAGAUCAACAAACUGAGCACAAGAGCGAGCCAUAAUGGGGCAAGGUCACAGAGUUGGAGACGGGAGGAAACAAGAUAUGAAUAGACAAAAAAGGUCAUGUAAAAAUGAAAAUAUGAACUAUAUUAGGUUGAGUCCAAAAAGUGAUUCUACAAAGGACAGAUAAAAUAUUAUUCAGAAAAUAUUGGUGUCAUAAAUGAUUUUUCCAUGAUUGAACUUCAACCUGCAUCAGAAAAGCACAAGAACAAAAGUAUA